UCUCGCCCUCUCUCUUCCUCCUCCGAAAAAAGAAGGAAAAACAAAAAAAAUCCUUAAAAAAAAAAUGGGAGGGAGCAAGAACAAAUCCCAAGGAUUAGGUCGAGCUCUGAUCCGCCAUCACAAUCAACAAGUCCAGCAAUCCAAGGAGCGGAGCAAAUCCCUGCGUCAGCAGAGUCGGGUUCUCGAGUCCAUCACCGACGUCACCGACAUCGACGCCGUCUUAGAGCGGGCCGAGGAGGCCGACCGCCUUUACUCUGCUGACAACCCCGCCCCCAAUCUCCUCAUCAACCUGGAUUCGGAUGGGGGGACGUCGGCUGAUGAGAGGAGGAGGCUGCAAAGGGAAGAGGAAGCUCUGCAUGCUGGGAGCCUUCGAGUUCCUCGCAGGCCGCCAUGGAAUGCCAGGAUGUCGCUCGAGGAGCUUGACACUAAUGAGAGGCGAGAGUUUUUAGUGUGGCGCCGAAAUCUUGCAAAACUUGAGGAGAAUGAGAACCUUGUCCUUACUCCUUUUGAGAAGAACCUGGAUAUUUGGCGACAACUUUGGCGAGUGCUUGAAAGAAGUGACCUAUUGGUGAUGGUUGUUGAUGCUAGGGACCCAUUGUUUUACCGGUGUCCUGAUCUUGAGGCAUAUGCACGUGAAAUUGAUGAGCACAAGAAAACUUUGCUUCUUGUUAAUAAGGCUGAUCUUUUGCCAUUAACUGUGAGACAAAAAUGGGCAAACUACUUCGACGCUCAUGGAAUUCUCUUUCUAUUUUGGUCUGCGAAAGCUGCCUCCGCUUCUCUCGAAGGCAAAUCAUUGAUCAGCUUAAAUGAAUCUCCUGGUAGUGAAGUUGCAGAUACGAAGAUCUAUGGCAGAGACGAGCUCUUGGCUCGAUUACAAGCCGAAGCAGAGGCAAUUGCAUCCCUUAGAAAGGUUCCAAACAAAAAUGAAACUCAUGGAAGCAGUUCUUCAGCAUCGAAGCACGUAGUUGUGGGCUUCGUUGGCUACCCUAAUGUAGGAAAGAGCUCAACGAUUAACGCUUUGGUUGGCGGAAAGAGGACGGGAGUCACCUCGACCCCUGGAAAAACAAAGCACUUCCAAACGCUCAUCAUAUCCGAUGAGCUGAUGCUCUGUGACUGCCCGGGUCUAGUCUUCCCUUCAUUUUCCAGCUCCAGAUACGAAAUGAUCGCGUCAGGAGUGCUGCCUAUAGACCGAAUGACUGAGCACAGAGAAGCUGUUCAAGUUGUAGCAAACCGAGUCCCACGACAAAUCCUCGAGAAUGUAUAUCACAUCACUUUGCCAAAGCCAAAAGCUUAUGAAUCACAAACAAGGCCACCAUCGGCUUCAGAGCUUCUGAGAACUUACUGUUCAUCUCGUGGGCAUGUAAGCUCUAGUGGUCUCCCUGAUGAAACAAGGGCAGCUCGUCAAAUUUUGAAAGAUUUCAUCGACGGGAAGAUUCCACACUAUGAACUGCCCCCAGGAACAAUCAAUGAUGAACUGGGAAAUGAAUCGGAUGCAAGCGAUUCAGACGAGGAAGUACUAGAGGAACCGAGCUUGGAUCAGGCGUUGGAUGAUCUCGAGUCCUUUGAGUUGUCUGGUGGAGUGUUGGGCAAAACUGCUGCUAGAGCUAAGAAGAAGAAUGUGGGGGAAAGUUACAAGCAUCAUAAGAAGCCACUGAGGAAGAAAGAUAGAUCGUGGAGAGUUGGGAAUGAUAAUGGUGAUGGGAUGCCUAUAGUAAGAGUGUUUCAGAAGCCUGCUGUUAAUUUCGAUGCCAUAAAAGCUUCCAAUUUGAACUGAGGACUGUCAAUUAAAAUUGUGUAUCGUUUGAUAAAAGGUGACUUGUUUCUGGUACCAUCUGUGGCUUGUUAAGCUGUUUCAAUGAUGUACAGUAUGUGAUCAUGGUAUUAUUGUCUUCCUGGCCAUUGUAAUUGGGGUUUUUACGUUAAAAUCACAUUUACUUUUAUCAAAAUUGUUGCCUACCA